AGCCUGGGCUCGAGUCCGAUGCCUCUCGGGCGAAGUCUGUAGAUUCCAUCUUCGGGCAACGACCUCCGGAGGAGGCGACCCGCUUCAUACUCUACUUGCAGGUUGGCGAUGAGUUGGAGAUGCCUGGUGCUGGCGGCUCUCGUUGACUUCACCAGUGCCUAUGAGGGCCGAAGAGGCGCGAUGUGGCCGUGUCGCUCUCCAGCAGCGGCGAGGCUCGACAGGAGUCCCGCGGGAAGCUGCUGCGGCGGAAUGUGGAGGUGGCCCAGGGCUCGGCAGAUGAUGAGGAAGACGUGCAGUUGGUGGCCUGUGACUCUGGCGGCACCUCUACCAACGCCAGCCCACGUACCUUCGAGAUCCCUGCCCCCAGCCAGGUGCCAUUCACCUUGAGCCUGCGGAUGCAGUGGCUGGGCGACGACCCCCCCAAGCUCACGCCCAACCCGGCGUGCAUCGUUUGCUGGACCAUCGAUCCGGACACGCAGCCGAGCGAAGACAAGGCACAGUUUUUUCGCGGUGUGGAUGGCCAACCUCCGCGCAUUGCUUUGAUGCGCAUGGGCAACGUGCUGACCUAUGAGGAGUACUCUGCCAACGGCGGCACCGGCAGCACUAACACCUUCACCUCGGACAAGAAGCUGAACGACGAGUCGCCCCAUGAGGUAGUCAUCGUCCGCACAAACACGCGGAUUACCCUCUGGAUCGAUGGCAAGCCGGACUCCUUCAUCGACUCCGGCAGUAGCCCGCGAGACUUCCAGAGCGGGGACUUGCCAGACGGCAAGCCGAACAAGCUGACUCAGAAUGCUGCAACCACCAAUGAGUACCUGCGCAGGCAAGUGAACAAGACCACGUCCUACAACAAGGUCGACCCCUUCAACGGCAACUGGGGCCUGCACGGGGAGGUCACCAACGUACGAUUGUACCACGCGGAGCUCAGCGCCAACCAGUUUCCCGACAGCAAGCAGAGCUGUGAGGAGACCACCACUCCGGCGCCAGUGGUGUGCCACAGCUCCUGCGAGAAGUGCGACGGCGGCACGGAGGCGGACUGCCUGAGCUGCAAGGGCCUGCGCUUCAUGCAUGAGAAGAAGUGCCUGGAGGAAUGCCCGGAUGGGCGUUUUGGGCACAAAGAGUCGAAGAGCUGCAUGCCAUGCCACGAGUCUUGCGCCACCUGUUCAUCCGAGGAGGCCGCAGACUGCCAGAGCUGUCCCUCGGGGCAGUUUUUGCACGAGGGCUGCAAGGAGAGCUGCCCCGACCUCUUCUUCGCGGACGGGGACUCCAUCUGCAAGCCUCUGGCCGGAGCGGUGGUUGCCUUGAAGACGCAGGGGGACAAAGCGAUGCUCGUCUACUCCAACGACACCAACUGCGUGAAGCUGGUGGAGUUGGCUGGGGACGAGCAAGAGGAUCCCUCCAACAUCGAUGACGAGUCGAAGAUGUGGAUGGUCGCCGGGACCAGCAAGAAUACUGCUUCCUUCCGAAAUGUGAAGACGGGCUUGGCACUGCAGAUGCCGAGCUCGGAGCUUUCGCAGUUGGACAAUUCUGGCUGUGCCACGGAGAUCAACACCUGUGCAGUUGCACGGCCACCAAAGCCGAUUCCCGGCGAGACGUCUCUAUGGACCGACAACCAGUGGGGCGUGUACAAAUGCGACAAGAGCAGCUUCGGCAUCACCUCGCAUGGCAAUUCCAUCAUCAGCCUGUCUCUGGAAGAUCGCUACCUGAAGGCCGGGAAGCUCCUGGGCCUCUCCAAUCAGGUGGAGCCUGGAAGCUCGCUGGGGCAGGAGCUGCGCUUUGAGCCGCUCUUCGUGCUGCCGGCGGUGAAGUCGCUGCGCAAGACCAGCGGCCGGUGCCAAAACCUCAUCACCCAGUCGCUGCAGUGCAGCGCCGCCGCCGGCGGCCAGGCCAUCGAUGACUUCGCCGACUUCACGGAGCAAAGCACAGAUCCCAAGUUCCCGCCUGGUUGCUACUACUACCAGCAGGAAAUUCUGGCUCCCAAGGACAAGGGCUACAAGGAUCUCCCGAUGACGGUGUCCCGCCUGGCGUUGAACGUCUUCGCCAGCAGCCAGGGAGACUAUUCACGCUUCGCCGACUGCUCCGUGAAGAUGCCCUGCCUUUGCGUGGCCCUCGGCUGGUCGGCUCAGCGGCUCAGCGGCUCAGCCGAGACUUGAGCUGAGACUUGGGAUCAGGAAGUGCGACGCGACACAGCCUAUUGUGGCGCCUCGAGAGG